AUUAAUGUGCAUUUUUAAUACUUAUUUUGACUUUAUAUUCAUGCAUCCAGCAGCUUUUCUCUUCAUAUAUUUGAUUUAAAUGCACAUUAUUCAACACAUUUAGUCAUAAAAUCAUCUGAAACUAAUUGUUUGUAAAGCAGAGAGUUGUAGUUACUCUGAGCGCCGACUUUAAAUAUCAUAAAUAAGUAGAAGAAAUCACUUUAUAACAAAUUUAAGGAGAUUCAUCUUCGGCCCAGAUCGUAUUUCAUGAUGUUUUUUGGAACUCGUCCGUCGACCUUCGACCUCGAACAUCUCGUCUCGGUUCGGGCUGACCUCAGAUCUGCUGUUUGUUUGCAGUUUGUUCGAGGCCGCGGCGGAUGAGUCAAGAUGGCCGCCGGCCCGCCGGUCACGGCCGCUGUGGGGGGGCGGCGGGUUCAGACCGCGACUGGCCCGGCGGACCGAAGUGUCGCCGGCCGACUGACGCGCUCCUCGUGUCGGAGCUGAAGCUCGCGGAACGCGCCGAGGUUCUGCGGAGGAACCUCACGGUUCUCCGGAGGACGACGACCCGACUGACGACCCGGCUGGAGGAGCUGAGAGAACACGCCCAGAAACUCAUGGAGGACGUGGACCGCACCGAGCUGGACGUUGCCAUGACGAUGCGACCCUGUUCCGGGUCGUGCCGGUCGGUGCUCCCGUUCAGCGUCGGUCGUCCUGGAACCGAGGAGGAGGAGUGGGAGGAGCUUAGCCGGAGGAGGAAGGCCGCUCCGCCUCCCGGAGGCGUCCCCCGCGUGAGGCUGCAGCACGUGGUCGUCGGCCAGGCUCCGCCCCCCGACUACCGGACCAUCCCGGCGGUCCGGAGGGAGCUGCUGACCCGGUUCGAGGACAUCAAACAAAACCGGGUGGUUUUGGUGGAGGUUCUCCACCCUGAGAGCUGAGGCAUAUUUAUAUCAAUAAAUAUAUGUAUUCUGUAUAAUUAUAUAUGUAUAUAUAGAAAUAUAUAUAGAAUUAUAUAGAAAUAUAUUCUCAUCUUAAAUGCUAUUGUCCUUAAUUAUAUUACAUUUUCUAUUAAUAUAUUAUCUUAAAUAAGCUGUUUAAUAAAGAGACACAUUUAAAUACAAAUCAAUACAUGUUUGUUUUACUUGUAUUUUCACAGCUUGUUAAAUAAAAGUAGUUUGUUGUUGUUAUUAAAUAGUUCCUUGGGGACUUAAACACAUCCGUCCUCUUGCUCCAGUCAUCGAUCACAAACGUGCUUCUGCAUCAUAUGUUUUACUUUGAAGGUUUUCUCUCUCACAGUGUAAUAACAGGAAGAGAGACAGGAAGUAGUUUCCUCAAUGAGUUUAUUGAGUAGUGGAGGACAACAGCUCAAAUAAAGACACACACUUGAAUAUCAGAAGAGUUUUGAAGCUUUUCUGGUGUCUUUUAUUUUGGCGGGUUCCUGUGAGCCUCAGGCGUACGGGUUGGGG